CUCGCGCGUGCGCCUUGGAAAUCCCCAAGUAGAGAAAUUGGGACGGGAAUGGGGAGGGGGAAAAAAAAAAAAAAAAGAGGCGGUGCAUGCGCCCUGAGAACGCAGCGCCAACUCUCCUGCACGUCGCGGGUAGGAGUACCGUCGUCACGACCCGGCCGGCAGAGGGCCCCAUGGCCGAGGGCGACCGGGAGCCCCUGGCUGGAGCCGGCACCCUCCGGGAGGCACUCAGGGCGCUCCUGCCCCCCACUAAAGAGGAGCUGACGCUGCAGCUCGGGGAGAGGGUGGAGCGCAGCGUUGUGCGGCUGCUGCAGGAAGCGGUCGAGCUGUUCUGCGGCGGCCGUGGGGGCGAGUGUCUGCAGGCCAGCGAGGCCAUCCUGGACUACUCCUGGGAGAAACUCAACACGGGCCCGUGGCGCGACGUGCACAGAGACUGGCGCCGCGUGUACGCCUUCGGCUGCCUCCUGAAGGCCGUGUGUCUGUGCGAGGAGCCCGGGGACGCCGGCGCCGUGGCCGCAGCCCUGAGAGUCUGCGACAUGGGUCUGCUGAUGGGGGCGGCCAUCCUCGGGGACAUCCUCACUAAAGUCGCGGCCGUCCUGCAGGCGCACCUCCCCUCGGGAAAGAGGCCCGCCCCGGGCCCGGCCCAGGAGCAGCCCCACGAGAAGAAGAGGAGCCUGAGGCCCCAAGACACUACCUUGCUCAGGUCACUCAGUUGGGAGGUGGCUGGGAAAUUCCGGCACAGCCCCUCAGAAGACAUCGCGGGGACUGAGUGGCAACGUGGAAACGUGGCUCAUUCGUCCUGCAUAUUCCUGCGGAAAGCGAGGCACGACCGUGUUUGGAUUCCAGACGUGAGGUCUGAGAGAACGGUGCCCCGGCUCCGCUGCCCAUCCCUCCAGCACUUCCGGAAGCAUUUUCUGGUUCCGGGGAGGCCUGUGAUCCUGGAAGGCGUGGCCGACCAGUGGCCGUGCAUGAAGAAGUGGAGCUUGGAGUACAUCCAGGACGUCGCCGGCUGCCGGACUGUCCCGGUGGAGGUUGGUUCCAGGUACACUGACGAGGAGUGGUCCCAGACGCUCAUGACGGUCAACGAGUUCAUCAGCAAGUACAUCAGGGAUGAGAACAUUCUCAUUACUCCCAAAGAACCGGUAGCCAUGAACAGUCAUUUCACCUUCGGCCCUCCCACCCCGUCCUCAGACGGCCACUAGCCUGCUUCCUGUUUCUGUGGGUCUCCCAAUUCUGGACAUUUCAUAGAAAUGGAAUCGUAUCAAACGUGGGCGUCUGUGGCCACUUCCGCUCGGCAGAGUGCCGUCUGGGUUCGUCUACGCCGUGGCCCGCCGUCAGUCCCUCGUCCCUGGCUGUGCCCAGUACCCUUCUGUUGCAUGGAGACCCCACGUUGCGUUCUGGCAUCGGCUGACAGCCGUUCGGGUUGCACACACUUUGGCUGGCGUGGAAAACGCCGCCGUGAGUGCGCACGUACAAGUGUUCGUCUCUCCCGGGUGUGUGCCAGAGGCGGGACCGCUGGGUUCUGUGGGGACUCCGUGUUUAACCGUUCUUGAGGAACUGUCAGGCUGUUCUCAGAAGCAGUGGUGCCGUUUUACCGUCUCAGAUAAGGGCAGUGGUGGCUUCCCCUUCCCACACCCAAGGCGGCCCCGGGCCCGGGCCCUGUGAGUUCUGAUCUGGUUUCGUCUGGGUCCGCUGCAGCCACAGGGCCCAAGUGGUGACCGUGCUGGCUGACAGUCUCUCCCGUUGGACGCUGUUCGACAUCGUAACUGUGAGCUCCUGAGGGCCCCCCAGAUCUCCCCCCACCCUGCACCAUCACCCUUCCUGCCCCCAUCGCUUCUCUUCCCAAGUGUCCGGCCUCCUCUGCCGGCGCCUGGUACGGUUCUCCGGGGCGCGGCCUCGUCCCGCUGCGUUCACAGACCUCUUCCGUACCCACGUCCCCCGCCUUCCACACCCACCCCCACUGCGUCCCUUGUCGCCCAGAGGCCUGGAGAAGGGAACCGGGCACGAGAGCACGCGAUGCUGCUCUGCCCCUGUGCUCGCAGGAGUGAACCCCCUUUCCAGUCCCCUUUUCCGGGAAGAAGCCCCGAGCCCAGAGCGGAGCGCAGAACCGGAGGUGCGGUUUGCCAGGGGGCAGGCAGGUGCGCUUCGGGUUGAGGCGGGAGAGCGUUAACUCCAGCACCGUCUUGCCGGCUCUGUGGCCCAGGCUGGUUGCCGAACCUCUCGAUCCUCAGUGUCCUGGCUUUGGGAUUCGUUGGAGGUUGCUGAUGCCUACUUCACAGGGUCGUUUGUGAGAGUUAAACGUGGCAAGCUGUAAGCGUGGCACGGCCAGUGCCCGGUUAACCGAAGUUAGUGUCUCUGGGCCACAGUAUCCAUGGCAGGAGAGACCACAUCACAUCCGGCCGUGCCCACCUCGUAGCCCUGGUCUGGCAUGUUGUAGCUUCCAUAGCUGUAAGGAAGACAAGGCAAUGAGAGAGAGGGUUGGAAGCACAGAGGUUCUCCAGGGAUUCGAGAGAGGAGCCUUCGUGUCCUUCAACACAGUUUGAGCCCCAGAGCCCGUUAGACCCAGGCUGACUUCCGCCCUGGCUGUGGAGUGGGGGGCGGGGAGGGGCAGCCUCGCGCAAGCUCUGCCCCCACUGGCCCUUCCAGAGCCCUAGACAGGAAGCCCUUCCUCCCAGGAAGCCCCUGAGCCUUGUGGAGCCCAGUGUGGAAAGCACAGAUCUUUUCAUCCAUCUGCUUGUGGAAAUUCUCACAAGAUGAUCAUCCCCAGGGCAGGCCAGCGUGUAGGAAGCGGGCACUGACAGUUUUGCCAGGAAGGCAACCUGGGAUUCACUUUUGGGAAAAUAACCUGGCAGAAGCAACUGGAAUUUAGAAUGCUCAUGCCCCUUGACUCGGUUGUUCUGCUUUUGGGAGAACAUAAACAUAAGGAAGGCCCAGAAUGUUAGACUGUUUGUGGAAAUGCCGGGAAAACACCCUGACUGUCCACCAGCAGGGGAUGGUUGACUUCAUAAUGAUCUGUCCCGUCUAUGAAACAUGGACCCGUCAAAAGAAUGAGGCACGUAUGUCUGUGCUCACCUGAAGAGAUAUUCGUGAUGUUGUCAUUAAAUGAAAAAUUUUCCAAAGUAA